UCCGCCUCCAGCGCUUGCCAAUGAACUGAGUGCUACUGGAGGAAGAGAGGAGGCUCGUGUAUUUUGAGCUUGGCCCUAUCGAAAGCGGGUUGUGUAUUAAUUUCUGGGCAAGGUUAUUGUAACAAAACUGAGCAAAAUAAGAUGUCUGGCGAUUGCAAGAAAGGCGGGUUGGAGAGCGGAUUCCAGCCACCUUUUGAGCAUUUUUCUACCCAGGCACUUCAUGCGGGACAGGAUGCCGAACAGUGGACGUCGAUGGCAGUGGUGCCUCCAAUAUCACUGUCUACUACCUUUAAACAGGAUGCGCCGGGAAAGCAUGCAGGCUUUGAAUACAGCCGCAGUGGCAAUCCUACGCGGAAUUGUUUGGAGAAAGCUGUUGCAGCAGUUGAUGGAGCAAAAUACUGUUUAGCAUUUGCAUCUGGUCUGGCAACUACAAUGACAAUUGCACACUUGUUGAAGUCUGGUGAUAACAUCAUUUGUAUGAAUGAUGUAUAUGGAGGUACAAACCGAUACUUCCGCAGAGUUGCAUCUGAAAUGGGCUUGGAAGUCUCUUUUAUUGACUGCACAUCAUUGGAAUAUCUGGAUGCAGCUAUUAAGCCAAACACAAAGCUUGUCUGGAUUGAGACUCCUACUAACCCAAUGAUGAAUGUCGUUGAUAUCAAGGGUUGUGCAGAAACUGUACACAAACAUGGAGAUAUCAUUCUGGUGGUGGAUAACACUUUCAUGUCAGCUUAUUUCCAGCGUCCUUUGGCUCUUGGUGCUGACAUUUGUAUGUACUCUGCAACAAAGUACAUGAAUGGUCACAGUGAUGUAGUCAUGGGAUUGGCCUCAAUGAAUCGUGAUGACCUCCAUGAGAAGCUGAGAUUCUUGCAAAAUGCUAUUGGUGCAGUUCCAUCUCCAUUUGACUGCUACAUGUGUAAUCGUGGGUUGAAAACUUUAGCCCUUCGAAUGAAGCAGCACUUCAAGAAUGCAUUGGUUGUAGCCCAGUUUUUGGAGGCGGAUCCUAGAGUAGAGAAAGUUAUUUUUCCAGGUCUCCCUUCUCAUCCACAAUACAAUUUGGUGAAGCAGCAGUGCACUGGAAGUUCGGGUAUGAUAACUUUUGUAAUUAAAGGAGAUUUGGAAAAUGCCACAACGUUUCUUAAAAAUUUAAAACUUUUUGUCCUUGCUGAGAGUUUGGGAGGAUAUGAAAGUCUAGCGGAGCAUCCAGCAAUUAUGACACAUGCUUCUGUCCCGAAGGAGGACCGAGAUAUAUUGGGAAUAAGUGACACCCUAAUCAGAUUAUCCAUUGGCUUGGAAGAUGUAGCAGACAUUAUUGAGGAUAUACAUCAAGCAUUAAAAGCUGCACAUCCAAAUGUGGUGAUACCUACUGAGCAAAUCAACAGAUUCCUUUGCAAUUAAUCUUUGUGUUCCAUCUGGAGGAAAAAAAUUUAUGGAUGAGGAAAGACCUCAAAAGAAGAUUUGAUUGAUUAAAACAUUUUGUAUCAGUUAGAAAGUUUGAAUCUCUGUUUAAUUACAGCCUUUUAAAUUGUUUUGACCUGUAAUGAAAUAUCACUUGUGACAUUGCAAUUGCAUAUGUAUGUAAAUGUAAAUUUCAGGUAAAUGCCUUUUUUGUAAUUUUAUUUUUAAUAUGGCUUUGUGAAAGGUUGAACUCCUUUUACUAAAAUUUAAUGUUUUUACUUCCUUGAAUUAUUCUGUGGAAUGCUGGUGGGAGGGGAAGUUGAGAAAUGAUUUUUAUAAUGUAUUUAAGAGAUGAAAGGGACUAUCAUUAUGAACUUAAAUUCUGGAAAUAUUGAGCAAGUCAGGUUGUUUGUUUUCAAAAACAUGUUAAUGCUUUAGAUUUAAUGGCCUUUCAUCAGAACUGGAAAUUUUUAGAAAUGUAACCAGUUUUAAUCAAUUGGGAAGGAAAGAAGAAAGGGAGAUCUGUGACAGUGGGAGGCAGCAGAGGCAAUGGUGCAGGUAAAGGGACAUUAUCAGAAGAUCUGGCUCCCUUCUAUGCGAUAACAUUCAGCCCAUCAUGCCUGUGCAGCCAAUCUCCUGUCUUUCUCUAUUUUCCUGCACCAUUUCUAUACAAAUGAUCAUCUAAGGCCCUCUUGACUACCUGCAUUUAACCUGCCUCCACCACCUUUUCAGAGAGUGCAUUAUUCUUUAUUACUCACUGAAAUACAUUUUCAUUUCCUGAAGAAGGGCUUAUGCCCGAAAUAUCGAAUUUCCUGUUCCUUGGAUGCUGCCUGACCUGCUGCGCUUUUCCAGCAACACAUUUUCAGCUCUGAUCUCCAGCAUCUGCAGACCUCACCUUCUCCUAUACGUUUUCAUUCCCUCACUUCACUCUUGCUUCAUUUGCAUGUUAUUUUAAAUAUAUACCAUCUCAUUUUAUUCUUUUUACAAGUGGGAACAGCUUCUCCCAAUGUACUGAGUCCAGCUGGUUCACCAUUUCGAAAACCUCUACCAAAUCACCUCUCUGCCUCCUCUCCAAAGAGAAAAGUCUCAACCUCUGCAAAUUAUCCUCCAUUCCUGAAACCAUUCAUGUAAUUUGUUGUUUAAGUCUCUCCAGUGCAUUCACAUCUUUCCUACAAUGUCAUACCCCCCCCCCUCCACAUCUGUGCACAAUACUCCAGCAGAAAUCUAACAAGUGUCUUGUACAAUUUUGGCAUCACUUUCUUGCUCUUGUAUUCCCUAAUUAAUAAAGUCAAGAACCCCAUGCUUAAUUAACUGCAUUCUCCCCUGUCCUGCCACCUUCAAUGAUUUGUGCAUAUGGUCACUCAGGUCCCUCUGUUCCUGCAUUCCCUAUUUUAUAUUGUCUUUCAAUGUUUUUCCAACCAAAGUGUGUCAUUUCCCAUUUCUCUGCACUGAACUUGUCCAUUUGAAGUUCUAUGCUGUCCUCCUCGCAGUUUACAAUUCUUCCAAGUUUAGCGUCUAUAAAUUUUGAAAUUAUUCCCUGCACACCAAGAUCCAGAUUAAUACAUAUUGGGGCUAGCAAGAGUCCCAAUACCAACCCUGGGGGAACUCCACUGGCAAACCUUCCUCCAACUCAAAGUAUCCAUUGACCAUUACUCUUUCCUAUCCAAUCAGCUAAAUUUUUUUAAAUCAAUAUUGCUACUGUUCCUUUUACACCAAGACAUCACUUUCCUUGAGUCUGUGUGACACAGUAACACGCACCUUCUGGAAAUCUGUGAAUAUUACAUCAAGAUAAGACUCUUAUUGACCCUUUUUGUUUUAUCUUCUAAAGUUAGUCAAAUGUGAUAUUCUAUUUAGAAAUCAGUGCUGACUGUUCCUAAUCAAUCCACCUUUUUCUGCGUGAUUACAAAUAGGUUCUAGAAACAUCUCUACCAUCAAAGUUAAGUAACUGGUCUAUAAUUGCUGGUACUAUCCUUACAACCUGUUCUAGAACAAAGCCAUAAUGCUUGCAAUCCUCCAGUCAUCUGGUACCUCCUUGGAGUCCAAGGGUGACAAAUUAUGGCCAUUGCUGCUGUAAUUUCUACCCUUCCUUCUAAAUCCUUGGAUGCAUCUCCUCCAAUCCUGUUGUUUAGUCAACUUUAAGUGUCAAAAGUCUAUCCAAAACUACUACCUUAUUAAUCUUUAACCCUUCAAAUGACAGUUCCUUCCUCUAUCACCAUGGCCUGUGAAGAAUCUUCCUCUAGUUUUGCCUUGUGUUCUUCUUCCCAAGUGGUACUUAACCAGUUGAAGCUUUUUGUAAUUAGGGUUGUGAAAUUGUGUGGAGACAAAGAUUGCAGAUGGAGUUUGGGAAAGAAAAUGGGUAGGGGAAGAAAGAGAACCCAUGAGAGGAAUUGAGAUGCAAAGGAAGCUGAAGAGAUGGAAGGAGGAGAAAAGUUGGAUUUGAUGUUAAGUUGUAAUGUGCCUAAUGAGAAGUGAGAGCAUGUCAUUUGCCUCAUCAAAUACACUCUGCCAUUCCUGAUGGUGCCUGGCUUGCUGUGUUCUUCCAGACUUCUGCUCAUUCCCUUAAAUCAUGGCUGUUCUCCCACUUCAACACCACUUUUCCAUACUAUCUUUAUUUCCCAUGAUAUUGCCAGACUGGACAGCCUACAGGCAGGAAUUUAGGGUCUGUUACUGGUAGAUCAUUAACUUGUUUUGAUUUUAACAGUGGACUGAAAGUUUGCUCUAGCAAUAAAAUGGAAGCUUAUAAACAAAAAAAAAUUAAAAUACAGAAAAACCAAAUCAUCAACUUAUAAUACAAGUUAAAAGAUUUUUAAAAGGUGAAAUAUAUUAAAAUAAUUAACAUAUAAUCCUGUUCAUUCCAAAACUCUCUUUUUGUUUAAAAAUAUUUUGACAAGAAAUAAAGCUGCUUUUGUGUAGUAUCCAAAACAACACUCUUAUAAUACUCUUAUCAAAGUCUCUGUAUCUAAUGCCUAGGUAGGUUUCAGGCACUUGUGACUUCAUCUUUUAGACAGGAAUUUCAGGUAGCUUCUUUCUGGAGCUGUCCUACACCUGAACUUCAAUGUACUCAGCUUUAAGUAACUUGAGGGUUUUGUCCCAACACUUCUGGCCUGGGUCUUGCACUAACUCCUCAUUCUCUAAAGUAAUCUAUUUAACUAUGUAUCCUUCCCUUUUCAGAGCACAUGGCUAUGCAUUGAUUUUAUUCCAGGGAUUUAGCCCCACUCAGUUAAGAACUGAAACCCAAACAUUUCCCUCUCCAUUAUUAGUUUUCCAUUUUAGUUUUAAAAAGUUUCUGAAAUCACGAAUAAAUCUUGCGUUCCCAUUAUUUGCCUUGCUGGGUUGCAAAACAAACAAAAUACACCAACCCAUUUACUCUAAAGCCCGGCCUCAAAAAUACUUUUUUUUAAAAAAAAAAUCACCGUGGCUACAGAAAUACUUCCAGUUAAUAUUAAGGGGUAUGGGUGGGUUGUGCUUCGGCGGGACGGUGUGGACUUGUUGGGCCGAAGGGCCUGUUUCCACACUGUAAGUAAUCUAAUCUAAAACUUGAGACACUCAAACUUAAGAAACCCAAACUUGCAAUAAGUGACAGGUCGAGAGUGAUGCUGGAAAAGCACAGCAGGUCAGGCAGCAUCAGAGAAGCAGGAAAAUUGACGAUUUGAGCAAAAGCCCUUCAUCAGGAAUGACCCCUUUUCCAUGAAAGCGCAGGAGAUAGAACACAUCCUUUAAAAUUCAAAUAUUCCUGCAGUUUGCUUGUAUUUUCACUUUAGCAUUGUAAUUAUUACUCAUGUUUUGACGUUUUAAUCCCUAAUGUGGCACGGUGGCACGGUGGCUCAGUGGUUAGCACUGCUGCCUCACUGCACUAGGAUUCCCAAGUUCGAUUCCAGCCUCUGUAUGUGUGGAAUUUGCGUAUUCUCCCCGUGUCUGUGUGAGUUUCCUCCCACUAAUUCAAAGAUGUGCAGGGCAGGUGAAAGGGGCCAUGCUAAAUUGCCCUUGGUUUUAGGUGCAUUAGUCAAUGUGGACUGGCUAGGCCCAAGGGCCUGUUUCCACACUGUAGGGAAUCUAAUCUAAUCUAGUAUUUACGACUUUGUUUUUCCUCCUUUCCAUGUCUCUGUACUUGCUUUAAAUCUUCUAACAUUUCACCAGUACUAAUGUAAGGUCAUAAAUGGGAAAAUCAACAGUUUUACCCUCCCUACAGAUUCUGCUGGUCUUCUGAAUUUUUGACAUUUUUAUUUUCUUUCAAAUUUAUAGCAUCCACUGUUUGAUUUUGUAAUCUUGUUUAGGUGGAAGCCUAGAAAUCAUUAAACU